AAGCCCAAAAGGAACCAUCAAGCCCAGACAAAGCUAGGGUUUUUCUUUUGUUUCUGUCUAUAUCCUUUUAUAUCCCUGAUUACAGAAAACCCUAUCUCUAGUCUCUUGCAGCCAAGAGUGACAGAGAAAGGCUGCUGCAUUUUGAUCAUUCUGUGAGAAAUGGUGAAGCAUAACAAUGUUGUGCCUAAUGGGCACUUUAAAAAGCACUGGCAAAACUAUGUCAAGACAUGGUUUAACCAACCUGCUCGCAAAACGAGGAGACGCGUUGCUCGCCAAAAGAAAGCUGUGAAGAUCUUUCCUAGGCCUACAGCAGGUCCUCUUCGCCCCAUCGUGCACGGACAGACUUUGAAGUAUAACAUGAAAUUGAGGGCUGGUAGAGGGUUUACCCUUGAAGAGCUCAAGGCUGCAGGUAUUCCUAAGAAACUUGCCCCUACAAUUGGAAUAGCUGUUGAUCAUCGUAGGAAAAACCGAUCUUUGGAGGGCUUACAAGCCAAUGUUCAGAGGUUGAAGACUUACAAGGCCAAAUUGGUUGUGUUCCCAAGACGUGCUCGCAAGUCUAAGGCUGGUGACUCUGCUCCUGAGGAGUUGGCAACAGCAACCCAAGUCCAAGGGAAAUACAUGCCAAUUGUACGAGAGAAGCCAUCCGUGGAGCUUGUUAAGGUGACCGAGGAAAUGAAGUCAUUCAAGGCCUAUGAUAAACUGCGUGUAGAGCGGAUGAACCAGCGCCAUUUGGGUGCUAGAAUGAAGAAGGCGGCAGAGGCUGAAAAAGAAGAAAAGAAGUAGGGACAAUUGCGCUCGUCUUGUCAGCAUUUCAGAUUUGAUAUUAGACUGCUGCUUUGCAAUUUGUUCUCGAGUCUGUGUACUGCAAUUUUCUUCAAUCAUUAGUAUUAGUUCUCUUAGUGGUUGGCGAUAUGUUUUCUUUUAAUGAUACAUAAUAUGGUUGGACUUGUAUUCAUUUUUGUUUUUGGAUCUUUUGUUGAAUUGAGAAGAUUUUGGUAUUCUCUUGCAUUAAGCUAUAAAUGUCAAUGACUUAAUGUGACCGCUUAUUUUA